AUGGCAUGCUCUCGGUGCCGGCAGUGCCUGGACAGCUUUCGACUUGAUCCAGCACCCACCACAGAGCUGAGUGACACAGCCAGCAGAGGUUGCCAAGCAGAGCUGUGCCCCUUUCGAAUCCAAGUAGAUGGCCACUCAGGAGCCAGUCCAGUGAUGUUCACAUUGACCAUCCGCAAUGGCGAUGCAGUGUGGCAGAUUCGGCGAAGGUUUCAACAGGUGCGUUCCUUGCACCAAGCAUUAAGUCAAACCUACUUGGCUCGCGGCUUGCCCGCUCCACCACCCCGAGCCACCUGUCGUUCUGUUGUCUUUGGCCAGCGGAAUGCUCGAUUUCUCGAUGAACGUGCUGCCAGGAUCCAAGACUACUUGCGGGCGCUUACGACACAAAUUCCUGUGGUUGAGCAGUGCGAAGCACUUUAUCAGUUCUUGUGCUAUUUGCACUUGCCCAGAUGGAGAGGUGAUCGAGUCUUGGUGGGUGGUGGUGCGCCCCCGGUGGACCCCGAUGUGGUCACUAAGUUGCCGCGGGCGCCGCCACCGGGGAUGAAUCCGGACACCGUGGAAGCACCCAAGGCGUCUGUGUGCGUGGUAUGUCAAGAAGUAAUGGAGGCCAAGGAGGAUAUCCGAGUGUUCGGAGGCCCAGAUGUAGAGGUUCCACUACAAGUGCAUUUCAAGCUGGUUGACCAAGAGAAACACUUGUUGCAUUUGCAAUGGUCCUGCUGUGCUCACGGCACCACACUUUACCUAGACCUUCACAAGACGAGGAGUGGCGUUUGUGGGUCGGUCGCAGCUGGGGUCUCUCGCUGUACUGAAGAGUUGCAGCUAGAGCCAGUGCUAACUCCCGGGGAGGUGCCUCCUUCAGGGUCCAACCUAACCUUGACUGCGGUGGCAGAGGAAUAUGAAAAGGCCCUGGACAGCAACAAGUCGGUGGACUACACUGACCUUAUCUCCAUGGCAGGUGAGGUACUUCGGCUGCCGGUGGUUGCAGAGACCAUGGCAAAACUACAGGCUGUCGUGGUGGAUGAAUUCCAGGACACCUCAAUGGCUCAGCUGCAGAUGUUGCAAGAGAUGUUGUCCUGCCGGCCGUCCAGAUGUUUCAGAAAACAUCAAAUUGAAGGUGAUGACGUCAUGGAUUGGAAGGUCUUCUCCGAAGUCCUACGCUCCUUGGACUCGCAGUGCACCGACGCUCAGCUGGAGCUGCUGCGACGCCGCGGGGAGGGCGAAGCCACGCUUUCGGCGCCGGGCAUGCGAUUGGAGUCAGCCUUGAAGUGGAUCUUCAGCGGCCCCAAGCGACCUUCGUUGAAGAAAAAGAAAACCAAUGAAGAACUGGAAGCCUUGAUUGAAGCCCUCCGGGUUCGAACUGCUUCUGGGGCCUUGAUCUUGACCUUGGAUUCUGGCAGUAUGGAUCGCAGUGUCAUGCAAUUGAGAGCAGAAGUCGGAGCUCUUUUGGGCCGCUGCGUGGAUGAAGUGAAACUUAUCGCCUUUCAGAGACAGCUGGAGGAUGGAGAGACGUGCCAAAGCCUGGUGGCUUCGGAGGUUGACUGCUUGGAAGUCACAGCCAUCACCCAGGAGAUUCCGCAACUGGAUAACUCCAUCCCCGUCUUGGAGCAGCUUGAUGUCUUAAAGCAGAUGAUCAUGUCCUCCUCAUUGGAGUAUCAAAUUGAUUCUGCAAUACAUUUGCGGAAAAUCCUCAGUGUCGAAGCCAAUCCUCCCAUCCAACGAGUGUUGGAACUUGGUGUGGCCCCACGGCUCUUGGAGCUGAGCCAGCAGAUGAGCACACCACAGUUGCAGUUCGAAACCUUGUGGGCGAUUCUGAACAUCGUGUCAGGCAAUGCCCAUCAGACACAAGCCAUUGUGGAUCUUGAUGCGGUGCCCAUUCUUUUGAAGAUCCUCAAAGAGAGCGCUUCUGAGGAUGUUCAAGACCAAGCAGUUUGGGCAAUUGGCAACAUUGCCGGGGAUUCGGUGCCACACCGGGACCUGUGCAUUGCAAACCAGGGGAUGCCUGCGGUUCUUCAGGUGCUUGAGACUUGCAAGAAGGUGAGCGGCCUCAGAAAUGCCAUGUGGACUGUCUCGAAUUUCUUCCGCGGGGCACCGAAACCCAACUUGGACGACCUCAGGCCAGCGUUACCUCCGCUGACGCGCCACUUGCGUGAAAGCACUGAUGUCGAGGUUUUGACGGAUGCUCUUUGGUCGCUCUCUUACAUUUCUGAUGGGCCCAACCACUACAUCCAGGCCGUGAUCGAUGCAGAGGUGGUGCCCCGUGUGGUGCAACUCUUACGCCAUGAGAGCGCCGGGGUGCAUACGCCCGCGCUGCGCACCGUGGGAAAUCUGGUCACUGGAGAUGAUUUGCAGACAGAUAUGGUGUUAAACAAUGAUCCUUUUGGGGCCGUGAUGCAGUUGAUGGCAAGCCCAAAGAUGAAGAUCCGGAAGGAGUGCUGCUGGUUGCUGUCCAACAUUUGUGCCGGGCCCUUAUAUCAAGUGCAGCAGAUCAGAGAUCAUGGAUUCUUUGACCAGUUCUCCAUCAUGGCGCGCGACGCGGAGCUCAGCGUGCGGAAGGAGGCCGCCUUCGCCAUCGCCAAUGCGAGCGAAAAGACGGAGGUCAUCAACGACUUGAUGAAAGCAGGUUGUAUGACGGCCAUGCACGAACUUAUGGACAGUCAUGACCAUAAGAUGCAGGACCUCUGCCUUACCUUUAUUUCCAAUUUGCGCAAGGGCUUGGACGAAAUGCCGCCCUCGUACCGGAGCCAGUUUCUGGAGACGGUCCGCCAGGAGGACCUGCAGGACAUCUUGGAGCGCGCGGGCACCGAGGCGGUGCGGCUCAAGGCUGCGGAUCUGAUCCGAGAGAUGGAGGAGGGCGAGGAAGUAUUCAGCCCCACAGGUGAGAACCCACUGGGCGACCACUAG